AUGGAGUCCAUCUUGGACACUAGUAGGCCCGUGGAUGUGCAGGAGUUUGACCGGGUGGUGCAGUACCUCUCAAGCGGUUCACCGCAGGAGAUCAUGAAGGCGCAGGAGGUGCUCACCUCCUUCAAGGAGAGGCCUGACGCCUUCCUUCAGGUUGGGACGCUACUGACAAAGUCACAGAACUCCACCACACGCUUUUUUGCCUUGCAGGUCCUGGAUGACACCAUCCUGCACCAGUGGAACACCUUUACAAGUGAGCAGAAGGAGGAGCUUCGUAGCUUCGUGAUAAACUUAAUCGUCGCUGAAUGCAAGAGUUUCAGUCAGCUUCGUAGUUGCAAGACUCUCCUCACCAAGAUAAACGGUACAUUGGUCAGCAUUGCAAAGCGGGAAUGGCCGGUGCGGUGGCCCAGCUUUAUUCACGACAUUUGUUCUAGCGCGGGUCCAACUGAGCCACUUGUAGAAAAUAAUUUAAACUUACUGCGCCUUGUCGGGGAGGAUAUCUUUGAGUUUGGUGAAAAGACCCUGACGUCACGGUGGAUCAAACGAAAGAAGGAGGCUUUGAAAAGCGACUUUCGCCUGAUUUUGCAGCUGUGUCUAUCCGUGCUCGGAACAGCAGAUCAGGCGUUGCUGAAGACGGAUUUGGAAUGCAUGGAAAAGUAUCUGGCGUGGAUGGAACCAACACUGGUGUUUAACGAGGAAGUUCUCAUGUACAUUGCCAGCCUGGUUGUUGGGGAGGCCUCCGUGGCCCCCGUGGCAGUGCGCUGCCUUUCUGUGAUUUGUUCCAUAGGCACAGACGACGGUGCGGUGGGGGACGCGCAGGCACAGAUAACGGUUCGUGUGUUUCGCACAGCAUUUAAUAACAUCAUAAACGCUCUUCCAACCUCCCAUUCGUCCGUGGAGGCUCGAGUCGUGCAGAUGUAUGAAAUGGGGUCCGAUGCGGACUGCAGGUUUAUAAGCGACGUGAACAUCCUCCUAAUUGCCUUUUUAAAGCGGUAUUCGCAGCUAAUCAUAUACGAUGAUAUUUUGUUACUCUCCACCCACCAAAUGCUGGUGGGGAUGAGCCACAUUGAUAACAAGGAACUCUUCAAGUCUUGCAUAGAGUACUGGUGGUGGCUUGGUGAAAAACUGCUACGGAGUCCCUCACUCACGCCACUGCAUAAGAAACUCUCCGGCAUACUCAGUAACGUGCGAUUUGUGCUUAUUAAAAAGAUGGCCAAACCAGAGGAAGUCAUUAUUGUGGAGGACGAGGGUGAACUGCGUCGUGAACACAUGACAGAUGUGGAGGGGCUGCAGCUGUACAACUUAAUGCGGGAAACAUUAGUGUUUCUCACUAAUAUUGACCCGCACGACACACAACAGAUCAUGACAGGGCUGAUGCAAAAGCAACUGGAUCGCAGUGAGUGGAGCUGGCACAACUGCAGCACGUUGUCCUGGGCUGUGGGGGCGGUCUCUAUGGCGCUACCGGCCGCACACGAGUCCACGCUUUUUGUAGUGAUUAUCCGUGGACUGCUUGAUCUUUGCAAGGAAAUGCAAGGGAAGGAGAAUCGCGCUGUCAUCGCCAGUAACAUUAUGUUUGUUGUAGGACGCUAUCCACGUUUCCUUCGCACGCAUCCCAACUUUCUGAGAACGGUUGUUCGCAAGAUUAUUGAAUUCAUGAAGGAGAUGUUUCCUGGGGUGCAGGAAAUGGCGGUCGACACACUCCUCAAGAUAGCCUCGCAGGUGCCGGAUCAGUUUGUUUCCCUGGACAACCGAAAACAAUCUCUAGCAGACGAACUUGCAGAGCGGUGGACCGACGUCACCUCGAUGCUACAACCGCAACAGAUACAGACCUGCUUUGCCGCGGCUGGGUAUAUGAUUAAGAAUGACUCCCCCGACAGGCAGGCGGCUCUUUUGGAGCUAUUCCUACAGGAUGUUAACAUUAAUUUUAAGGCAAUAACGGAAAGGGCAGCAGCUGAAGGGGCGUUAUUUUGUCGUGAUUCCUCAAUUAUGAUGGAACUGAUUCAUCUCUUACGCGUGUACAGCAGCGUUGCCUCCACGUGUGGCACAACAUUUAUCAAUGAAAUGGGAAUCAUCAUUUGGGACCUCCAUGGGUUCUACCGCGCAUUCUUCGCCGCACAGAGCGCCUUCGUGGCCGAAGGUGGGCCCGCUUCUAUGCUGCAACAGGAUGCACGGUAUUUGCGACUGGCAAAGAAGGAGAUACUUCGUAUUUUUGAACGCUUUGUAGAUAACACGGAAGCGCGCGACUUUGUAGCGGCAAAUUGUAUGCCAAGCAUCUUGACUGUGGUCUUGGAGGACUAUCGGGACUCGGUGCCGGAAGCAAAGGAGCCUGGGGCGAUGGCGCUGGUGACUGCGUGUGUGAAUAAGUUGGCCGAUCGCCUCAGUGGAGACUGCGCGGCCAUUCUCGAUCAUACAUUUGACACCACAGUGGCAAUGAUCUGCAGAAACACGGAGGAUUUCCCUGAGUUCCGUGUGAAUCUCUUUAAGCUCCUUCAGGCGUUGAAUAAACACUGCUUUGAUGCAUUUUUGAGCUACGCCUCAACAAAGGAGGAUGUCAUCACUGGCAUGCUGUGGGUCAUUAAACACACGGAUUUUGCGACGAUGGAAACUGGGCUCCUGGCCUUGGAUGCCUUUCUUGGGAAUGUUAUCAAAUCCAAACUUAUGGGGGACUUCUUCACCACCUUCAUGCAUCAAAUAUUUGUAGAAGUACUCGUGGCGGCCAUGGAUUCUCUUCAUGCUGCGGGUUUCAACUUGCAUUGCAGUAUCCUUAUCAAACUUUUCAGUGUGUCUGAUAUAUUUCCUCCGCAGACGCCAGUGCUUGGCCGUUGUGCAGUGCAGGAGUUCCUGCUUGAAAACCUUUCAAUUAUCCCCACCCUCACACCGACGCUCAUAACAGAGUUCGUGACCUCAGCCUAUGAAUCUUACCGUGACGAGGCGGAGUUUCGCCGUCGGUUUGCCGAUUUUCUCAUCGAGGUGCAGGUGUGGGGCGCGGAGGAGGAAAACAGGCUGCAGAUGGAGGAGGAACGACGCCUACGGGAGGAAACCAUCCCGGGCUUUGCAGCCCUCUUGACUGGUCCGGCUGGAGAGUUCUCGGCAUCCUCUGGUUGA